AUUUUCGUUCGUGAUAGGCAGUCGACAUUUUGUUUUGAUUUUGUGACGCAAGCUGUAAUUGAAACUUGAAAAUGCCAUUAAACGCUGCAGGGUGGACAACCGAAGAGGAUGAAAAACUUAUUGAAUUAGUGCAACCACAUGGACAUUUAUAUUGUUGGCUGGAUCCAUCACGGAAGAAUAUCUUAACAAGAGAAAGAACCUGGCAAGAAAUAGCGAAAGAAUUAUUUAAACCAGUUGAAGAAUGUAAGAAACGAUGGCGAGGUCUUCGAGAUGGGUACACAAGAAAUAAAAGGAUGGGUGCUAUACACAAAUCCAAGGUGCCGAUAUUUGAAAAACUGCAAUUUCUGGACAGCAUGCCAUUGGACACUAUACCACUAGAAGUGGACUGUACAGGACAAGACAAAAAUGACAUGCUUGAGACGGAAGAUCAAAUACUUGAGGAACAGGUUAUCACUGAACAGAAUAAUGUUAUAACCGAUAACCAGGAGUAUUAUGAAAUUACUCUUGUUGAUGGCCCGCACCAAGAGACUGAUAUGAAACCACAAAUAAUAAAAAUUGUACCAAAGAAGAUUAAACUCGAAAGCAGUCAAUUAGAAGAAGCUCCUCCGAAAAAAAUUGGCAGAAAGAAUGCAGGAAGAAAAAAAUCUGUACCAAUGCCGAGGAAUAUACCACCCAUAAAAAUAUUACCUAAACCUAUAGUAAUGAGCGAACCUAGAAUUAUAAAAUGCAUAGACGAUACAAAGACUUCAGAGCAGAGAUCGCAAAUCAUAGACAAGUUAAUCGAAAAAGUAUUAAAAGAAAACACUAAUGAGAUUGAUGUAUUCUUUCGGAGUAUGGCCGCUAGUGUUAAAAAAUUACAACCUAAUUUAAUUCCUAAGGUAAAAAUGGAAGUAUGCAAUGUAAUUGCUAAAUAUGAAAUGCAAAGCUUCGACAAGAACGUACAAAAUCUUUAAAAUCUAAACUUCUAGUAUAUUAAUUAAAAAAAAAUAAAAUUUUGUCAUUUAGUUAUUAUGUGAUAUGUUUAUCAUACAAAGUAUGUAAAUAAAAUAGAUUAUUGAUUAUAUCUAUAGUAAUAAAUGAUAUUCUUUAUUGAUUAAAAUAUCAACCAAAGAUAAAAGAAAUUAUUAUGCACUGCCAUUUUUAAAAGUUACAAUUGAUGUGACUUGUUACUGCGAUUUGAUGUUUCGGUAUAUAGUACAUAUUAUACAUUUAUAACAAAUACUAAAUUGUAGUCAUUCUAAAUUUAAACAGAAGAUUUUAUAAAGAAUUCCAGUUGUUUUUUUUUUUUAAUAAUGUUGAUACAAAGUUGUUAAUAACACAUUCUAAAUUUGAAUAAUUGUAUGAUACAUAUUCUUCAGCCUUAAGCAGUUGACACACAAACUGAUCAAAGAAUGUGUAGCUACCAUUACAUAUAUUUUCAUUUAAAUGUUCGUAAGCUUGAAAAGUAAUAAAAAUUUAAAGUUUACCAGUAAGUUAUAAUUUUAUUUUACUUUAAUAUUAUUUAUAUAUGUAUGUUGAUCUGUUCACUAACAGACGCGCGCGUCUAUGUUAAAUUCGUGCUUAUAAAAUUUCUUAAGGUGCCCGAGACGACUCAGACACAAUUUUGUUAAAAAAUAAUUAAUUUAACGUAAAGGGUAUGCCUUCUUGAUUGGAUAGAUCUUUACAGCUAUUAAUAGCAACCGUUAAUGCUAUUAAUUACGAAAAGAGAGUCAAUAUGUAUUAUAAAAGCUAAAUUGAGAACCACUACGCAAUCAGCAGUGUGGCACCAUUUACUUUUUUAAAUAAAGAAAGAAUAGCGAUGACCCAAUUUAAUUAAGGAAUUACUUUACUAAUAUUCCUGUUUACCGCUCAUUUUAAGCUUAUCACUUGUGUUAGGAGUGGGGACGACAAUAGCCCAAGGUUUCAGGAUCGAUCCUGCUACAUUUUACAUCGCUAGGCGGCCCGUAAACCAUUGCGCUAUUGACGCUUCAUACUUACUCUAAAUGUUUAAGCCAUGAUUCACAAAACAAGGAAGGAAGACAAAUUAAAUGUAUUAUUUUGUAUAAUAAAGCUGGUCAUGAAAUAGAGCAAUUAGAAUAAUAUAUAUGUUUUUGUAACAGUUAUCGUUUAAAUAUAAAUCCCUUUUGCAACAAUAAUAGAAUAUUUAUUUAAAGUAACAGUUGUAAGAAUCAGUAUGAAAGUAAGUCGAACAAACUUUAGAUUUGGAUAUCUCAUGCGAUUUAGUUCUUCAUUAAUAUAUCUUUAUUUAUAGCACAACACUAUUCCACUCGAAUACGUAUAUCCACUUUAAUUUUACUUCCAAAUUUCCGAUAUCGAAUUCACCAAUAAUUCGAAAUGGCAUUGUUUUGCGAAUAAUUAAUAUCAUACAUUAUUCAAGCUCAAUAAGCCGUCGAUUUUCGAUUAUUUGCCUUUAUUCCACUUGCAGUUGGAAUGGCCUAUAAACUAUUCGAUUCUAAAAUUAAAUUAUUAAUAUUAAUUAAUUUAUAGCUUUUGUUAAAAAACAUAAUAAAUAAGGCAUAGGGUCUUCACAAAGAGUUAGCAUUAUUUGAUAUCCAUAUAUCCCUUAGAGGAUUUUCCAACCACAAGAAGACAAAUAUGGCGUUGUUAACGACGAAGCUGAACUUUGGAAGUAAAAUUAAAGUGUACAUAAGUUAAGAGGAUUAAUAGUGGUAUUAUAAAUAAAGAUAAUAGAUCUUAAAUAAAUAUAGAAGAUACUUAUGGAGGACCAUUAAGUGCACAAUAUAGCCGACUUAUUAGCGAAUCGCAUGAAAUACGUAAAUCUAAGGUUCGUUUAUCUUCAUUCCUUCGAUUGAAAUAGACUAUACAAGCUCUCGACCAAUGAGAUCGCGGCAAUUCAAUGUCAAAGUUGUUUAUGUAUUUCGUAGGUAUUCCUAUGGUUCAAAAAUACAGAUAACAAACAUACUUUAGUUCAAUGUAGACAACUGUAGAAACUGUAUAGAAAAUAAGAAUUUAUCGUGGCCUUGGGGGAGCAAACAUCAAUAUUAAUUAAGAUUCCAUUGGUCACCCCUCAGGAAUGAACUUUUGCUAUAUUACAGGGCACAUUGAAUGUGACACGACUUCAAGGGGACAAUGCAGCGUAAAAUUCGAUUCACAAUUAAACUGAAGAACUGUUAAUAAAGAAAAUUUAAAACUGUCUUUGUUUUCUUGGUUC